AUGGUUCCAGUGUCUGUCCUCUUACACCGUGCAUUGAAGUUGGAAAGAGUGGUAAAAGAGUUAUGGUUUGUUCUGAACGGUGUGCCUAUCAGAUAUUCGAUCACCGAAUAUGCCAUUAUCUCCGACCUGAACUGUGACAAGUAUCCUAAAGAUUGGGCUGAUUUCAAGGGAAGCCAGUUUCGGAUGAAAACAUUUGGACCUUCAAAGGUGACCAUAUCAGGGGCAUUAGAGAAGUUGUAUAACACUCCAAGCACAGAUGUGGAGGACAGAAAAAGACUAGCGAUACUUGUUUUGUUGGGCGGAGUACUAGACCAUGGUAUCAAGAACACUGAUGUGAUUCCCACGGCCUUAGUUGACAUGUUCUAA